AUGGUUCAGAAUCAGAUUCCUGUUAGUGAAAACAGUAUCAGCUUGCUUAUUGACAUGGGAUUUUCAAGAACACAAGCUGUAGAGGCUUUACAAAAAUUCAAAAACAAUCAGGAAGAAGCGCUUUCUUAUUUAUUAGAUCAAGGCACAGAGAGUUAUGACCCUGAACUUAAAGAAGCAAGUAAUUUUUUAUUCAGUUAACCAAAGUCUGCAAACCAACUUUAUGGAAAGUAAUGUCGUAUCAAAAGAUGAUGAAAAUUUAUCAAAAGCAAUUGAAGAUUCCCUUAAAGAAACUAGCUGAUCAUCUCCUUCCUAUACAUUUGAGCCUCUUAACCCAGAACAAAGGCAAAGGACUGAAGGAGUACCUGUGGGACUUAAGUAUAUUGACCAUGCCUCAGCUUUCAACUCUUUGCUUCAAUCUUACUUUAUGGUGCCAAAAAUCACCCAAGAAAUAUUACAAUUCCGUCUCAGUGCAUCUCUUUUAUAUCAAUUAGAAUCAGGAUCAGAAGGAACUAAAAUGAAAACUAGCAUUAAGCUCAUUGAGCAGCUUAGACAGUUAUUUGCUCAUAUGAUCAAAAGCAAUAAAAAAUACGCUGAUCCGUCUGGAGUAUUAAAUGCCCUAGUUGAUGACUCUGGAAAUCAAAUGGAAUUAGGAGACCAAAAAAAUGCAGGAUUUUUUAAUAUGAAUUUUAUAUCAAAAAUUGAAGAAGGGUUUAAAACUAAAUUUUUGUUGGAAAGGGGGAAUGAUAACCAAGAAAUUAAUGUUUCAGAAGGGAGGAGAAAAGAAAGUGUUAGCCUAACUGAAGAGCAGCUUCCUGAAGGAAUAAUUUCGCAGCUUUUCUAUGGAAGACAGGUUUAUUUUUUGAAAUCGCAAGAUUCUGAUGUUUUUAAUAGCCCAGGCACAUUUGGGCAAAUUUUGUUAGAUUUAAAAGAUAAGAAUCUUUACAGAGCAUGGGAUUGUGCAUUUAACAGAGAUAUCCAAGAAUAUAAACCAAACGAAAAUGCAUAUACAAAUGCUCAUCAAGAGAUAUGGAUUGAUAAAUUGCCAGGACUGCUCUUUUUCCAAAUCCAAAGAGUGCAAGCUGGCUCACUUACUAAAAACAGUGAUGCUUUUCAAUUCCCUAAUAGUAUUUACACUGAUCGAUUUUUAUUGAAAAAUAAAGAAUUAAGCUUAAGUCUCAGAGAAAGAAUGCUAAACCUUAAAAAAAGAGUUGUUUUAUUAGAACAAUCUAUCGAGAAAUUCAAAAAAUUUAACUCAAAUGAUUUAAGACUUGACGUCAUGCUUCAACAAGUUGCGGUGUUUUUAGGGAACCAAUUGAAUUUAACAGAAAUUAUGGAAACUGAUGAAAAUACUGGUAAGGAAGCUGAUAGGGUUGAGAUUGAUUCUGGGAUGCUGCCAGAGAUCAGCCAAUCUAAGUGCUUUUUUGAGGAGCUAGCAGGGAACGUACAAGGCAUGAUUAAUGAUAUGGAAAUACAAUUAGAUCGCCACAAAAAAGAAAUCGAGGCGAUCUUUGACAUAAAUGAGCUAAAGCAGCACCGUUAUCAACUGCAUUCUAUUUUAAUGCAUGAAGGCUCAGUGGAAGGAGGGCAUUAUUAUGCUUUUAUUUAUGAUCCUGAAUACUCUAUAUGGAGAAAAUACAAUGAUGUGAACGUUACUGAAGUAAAAGAAUAUGAAGUAAUGGCAGAAGCUAUAGGAGGCCAUGGCUCGAAUUCUGCUUAUGGAUUAAUUUACAUCGACAGUAACUUGAUUCCCAAUUUCCCAAAAGGUCGUCUUCGCAGCUAUUCAUUAAAUACUCCUAAUGAAAUUCCUCAAGAUCAUUAUAAAUCUCUCGUCCCAGAUGACCUACGACGAGAAAUUGAUGAAGAAAAUAAAAAAGCGUAUGAUGAAGUAAUAGAAUAUAAACUGUCUUUAAUAAUAAAAGCAAUUCAAGAUUUAUAUACUGUGAGACAAACCACAGCCUAUGCUCAAUACCAAAGCUAUCUUAAUCAAAAAAACACACGACAAGAAAGCAUGAAGCAUGAACUUAUUAAUUUCGCUGUUUAUCUAAAAAUUCGCUAUGAAGAGCAGCUUACUCCCCAUUUUAAAUUGGAGUAAAAUAUCACUAAAUUUUCCAUUUUUGAGGUAUAUUAAACUCACUAAUCUCUAUAUAAAUAGCUUUGAGCUAAUUUAAUGAAGUAAGUUCAGUCGAGCGCUAUUAUAACAGAUAGAGUGCUGAAUAGAUUAAUUUUAGAUUAAUUCUUCAUAAAAUAAAUUAAAACUCUGAUUUUUUGAAAAUAAUCAGCCAGCAUUAAAUUGGAAAAUAAAUUUUUUCCAAAUUUAGAUGGAGUUAGUAGGUAUUUUAUCCUUGAUAUAUGUGUUAAAGAAUGCAACCCUGAUUAUAGGUCUUUAUCAGAACUUGACAAAACCGAGCCUCUAUGGGCCAAACUUAAUGGCCAAUUUAAGUCAGUUUGCAAAGAUCUUCCCUUUAGAUUUGAACUUACUCAGUCAGAAAAAGAAAAAUUAUAGUCUUUUGCCUUGGAUUGCCCAACAACUAUUCACACCAUUUCCUCAAAGAUAAUAAAAUGAAAAAGUAUAAACAAAGAAAAAACCACUUUUUUCACAAACUAUUGUGAUGCACUUAUCUGUGUAUAUAUUCUAGAAAAUCUGAUUCAGGAGAAAUUCUUUGACGCUUUCCAUGGAAUUGCAUUUCACCUUUCUCUAGGAAAUGAUGCGACAACUGAGUAUCAAAAAAUCCCUGUCGAUGCAAAUAAAAUUCUAGUUUUAAGACUAACUUCAAAUAUUUUUUAUGAGAUCGCAAAAGGGAAUAUAAAUGAAGCGUUUUAUUGGGCUAAUCAUACAGCAUUUAUGACAAGCUUAUUUAUCACUAAUGAUGAUAUACACUACAUACAAGUUUUGAGAAGGAUAGAGGCAGCUCAUAGAGCUAUAAGAGAAACGGGAAAUAUGACUGAAAAAAAUAAUGAGGACUUCGGGAAUCUGAUUCAAAACCUUAAAAUAGGGCAAUGCGACCCAACGUUUAAUUUUGAAGACUUACCUAAAGAACUUGAAGAGCUAAAAAUCGUGAUAAACUCAAUAGAUCCUUAUUCUUGGAUAGAAGGAUGGAGAAAAGAAGAAGUCGCCACCAAGUUUAUAGAGGCUAUAAAUAAAUUAGCGAAGUCAAAAAUAUCAACAUGGCAGAAAUUGCAUGAAAAACUAAUAAGGCAGAGAUCAUGCGUUGCGGACGGUGAAUUUAGGGAAAUUGAUAAUAAAUUGAUUAGUGAGCAGUAA